UUGUGGAACACCGUGUAAUAUUUGGUGCAGUUUAUAUUUAGUUGGCACUGCACUAUCUUGGUCUGUAAAAAAUAGCCAUUUCUUUCUUCCAGUGAUGCCGGUGGGGACCCUCCGCAGAGCAGCAUCUUCUCUUUUUCAAUGAUCCUGGUGUCACUAUGCUUCCUGGUCGGCUGCUGCGUAUGCUACAUGAUCAUCACGGUGAUGAACGCAUCGCAAGACUCCAUCGUUAAAUGGCUGAGCCGCCUGAUCCCGUUGGCCGGAGCUGGCUGCUCGGCGGGAAUGGUGCUACUGGCCAUCAACCCCUUGGGUCACUUGCGUAGAGAUGGCAGCUGGCUGCUUCCUAUCUUCGUGCCACACAUGAUCGGGGCCGUCGGCAUGUUCGCCAGUGGCAUCAGCCUCAUGUGGAUCCUCGCCUUGUGCAACUACUUCCUGGACUAUGGCGCCUGGAAGACCUCCUUCUACGCGCGCUGCCUCAUUGCCAUCGUUGGAAUCCUUUCGGGAGUGCUGAGUAAGAACUGUAUAUGGCCACCCUUAAUUGUGUCUGAUUGACCGGGUUCACGUGAUCAACAGGGGUCGAACGAGGGAAGCCUCCAGCCCGGAGCUUAACGUUUCGACGAGACGGCUUGUCUUCGAUAAUAGUAGCGAAGUCGGCGAGUUGGUACUGGUUCAUCUUUGAAAAUGCGUGUAGAACUAGGGACAAGACAAAGAAGGGUACAGGACAGAGGACACAUGCGCGGACAACAACUGAGCGUUUACCAAAAAAUUAAAAUAAAAUAAACACUAGAGCGUACAAAACAAACGUACAGACAGUGCGGGCGCGCCAACCAGACAUCCCACUCACCCCCUCUACCUUACACAGUAGAUAAAAGAAGGCGAAGACAGCAAACGUUUAUUGAAUAUACACGUUAGUGGCAUCUUAAGUUCACUAUCAGCAGAUGCAU